UGGCUGAUUAGUUUAACCACCUCCCGCCUGCCAUAUAGUCCAAUGAUGGGCGCAAGGUGGUUCUCUUGUUCUGGGAGGACGUCAUAUGACGUCCCUCCCAUUCUCACUGCGCAUGCGAGGCUCAUGGAGAGCGGAGCGCGGCUAUCGGCGGGGCGCUGUGUCCCUUGGACACAGCGGAUCACCAAUCUAUGGAAAGAGCCGAAGAUGUCUGCUCGGUCAUGUGAUCAGCUGUGUCCAAUCACAACUGAUCACUGAUCAUCAGGGCACUGAUGAUCAGUGUGGCCCCAGAAGUGCAACCUGUCAGUGUCCAUCAGUGCCAGCUGCCAGUGCUGAACAGUGCCACAUCAAUGCCACAUAUCAGUGCCCAUCUGAGCUGCCUUUCAGUGUCAGCCAUCAGUGCAACCUAUCAAUGCCAAUCAGUGCCACCUAUCAGUGC